AUGGAUGCGAUCACGUGUCAGAAAGCGUGCGCUUUCACGGCCUCCUGCGCUCACUUUACCUAUUACACCGACAGCAAGGGCUGCUGGCUCCUGACGGCGGCAGCCCAGCUCAACGAGAAGGGGGACGAUGCCUUUCGGCCCUCGGAGAUCUACGCCAUCAGCGGGCCGAAAGAAUGUCCACCGGCGCAGAUCAAAAAGAAGAACGUGACGGACGACGUACAUCCCGAUGCAGAGGGGCAUUACACGGUGGCGCCCGGCGUGGAGAUCUCGCCCACCGGGCCCAGACCGGUGGUGCCGUUCUUGGGUUCCAGCUUCAACGAGACGCUUUGGGUGAACAAAUCCGGUUGGGAAGUGCCAUACACCGGGGGGAUGCGUGUACCUGAGAAGAUUUUGGGCGUCAGCUGGUAUUGGUGUCUUGCGGCGGUGGCAGUGGUGGCCUUCGCAUGCUGUUGUGCCAUGUGCUGCUGCUGUUGCCAAAGCAGCCCUCGCAGACGGAAGCGUGCCAUCGAGGCAGAGAUCACCCGGUCCAAGGACGAAGACGAGCCUUUGGUGAAGAGACCGAUGAAGGACGCUGGGCUCUUCCGGCCGCAGCUUCACGUGCCGCAGCUGCCCUUGCCACAGCUGGUCACACCUCAGUUAGUCUCGAUGCCGGCCGAGGCCAACGUGCGCUCCAUGGAGCUCCACGUGUCGCCCAUCAUCUCUCCACGGGCCUCGCCCAGAGGCUCUCCUGCGCGCUUUGUGCGGACACUCGCGGCUCCCUGA